CUCCAGAUAGGUCCUUCUCGUAGCUCCACUUUUACUAGAGGCGCCCCAGCUAGGCUCUCCGGGGGAGUCCGCCAGCCGCUCACCUCCAUGGGCCAGACUGCUCUGGCGGGGGGCGGCAGCAGCACCCCUGCCCCGCACGCCCUCUGCCCCGACCUUUCUCGUCCCGAGGGCUUGGAGGAGCUCCUGUCGGCUCCUCCUCUGGAUCUGGGAUCCCAGAGGCGCCACGGUUGGAAUCCCAAGGACUGCUCCGAGAACAUCGUGGUCAAGGAAGGGGGUCUGUAUCAGUUGGCCCCGGGAUUGUGCUUUGAGCGGCGGCCCGUGGCCCAGAGCACGGAUGGGGUCCGGGGAAAGAGGGGCUACUCGCGGGGCCUGCACGCCUGGGAGAUCAGUUGGCCCCGGGAGCAGAGAGGCACCCACGCCGUGGUGGGCGUCGCCACGGCCCGCGCCCCGCUUCAGGCCGACCACUAUGCUGCGCUGCUGGGCAGCAACAGCGAGUCGUGGGGCUGGGACGUCGGGCGAGGGAAGCUAUACCAUCAGAGCAAGGGGCCCGACGCUCCCCGGUAUCCGACCAGACCUCGGGGUGAGCAGCUGGCGGUGCCGGAGAGGCUGCUGGUGAUUCUGGACAUGGAGGAAGGAACCCUGGGCUACGCUGUUGGGGGCACCUACCUGGGGCCAGCCUUCCGCGGACUGAAGGGCAGGACCCUCUAUCCCGCUGUAAGCGCUGUCUGGGGCCAGUGCCAGGUCCGAAUCCGCUACCUGGGCGAAAGGAGAGCGGAGCCACACUCCCUUCUGCACCUCAGCCGCCUGUGUGUGCGCCACACCUUAGGGGACUCCCGGCUUGGCCAGGUGUCCGCUCUGCCCUUGCCCCCUGCAAUGAAGCGAUACCUGCUCUACCAGUGACCCUGUGACACCACCCUUACUCUGGACCUACUAAAAUCCAGUGAGGCUGGGCCCUUCUCCAGCACAAGCUCUGGGCCACCCAGCAGGACCACAGGCUCUGAGCCUGGAGAAGAUAUUCCAGGCUCUUUCAGCCUGGUACACAAGACUUUUUUAAAAGUAAAAAUGAGAUAAAUGUUAAAGAUAAAAAGAAAUAGUAAGAGAUGUGUUGUUAUAGAAACCUAUUCAUGGUGGUUUGGUUUUGCAAUUUUUGUCUUGCGGGGGGCACAAGCCUGACUACCUUAAAAAGGACAGAUUGCUGUGUGGUGGUGCACACUUAUAACCCCAGCACCAGAAGGCUGAGGCCAACCUGAACUACAUACAUAGCAAGCCCCUGUCUAAAAUAAAGGGGGAGGACAGACGCACAUCUUAGUGGCAGGUGUUUAUUUCCCUUACAGGUGGGAUGGCUCACAGACACAGCACUGGGAGGGAAUCGUCCUGGCC